UAGUGACUGGCGAACUGAUUUCAUUAUCAGAACGAUUGUGAUACACGAUAUAACAUGGGAUGCAAUGGAGGAGGACUUAUGGACUAUGCAUUUGAGUUCAUCAUCAACAAUGGAGGCAUCGAUUCCGAGGAGGAUUACCCUUACCGUGCUGUUGAUGGUACAUGUGACCAGUAUAGGAAAAAUGCCAAAGUUGUUUCUAUUGAUUCUUAUGAAGAUGUUAAUUCCUAUGAUGAGUUAGCAUUGAAAAAGGUCGUUGCAAAUCAGCCCGUGAGCCUUCCUAUUGAAGGAGGAGGAAGGGAAUUUCAACUUUAUUCAUCUAAGUUUCCAAUCUGAUUUUAUUCAUGACCU